AUGGAAGAGAAGCACAGCAGCUGCCUGACGACAUCCUGGGAGUGUAUUCAUAGCUACAUCUUAGCUGUGUGUUUGGAACUGGACACGGUCUGGGUGCAGGUGAGAGCGGCCUCCCGAGUUCUUCCUGCAUGGAGAAGAGGAUUCGGGAUACCCUUGGUGGCGCGGAGACUGAGGGACCCUGACAUAAAUCCUUGCUUGUCAGAAUCUGACGCUUCUACCAGACGCAUGAAUGAAAACAACUAUGACAAGGAAAGGUGCUCCACUUACUUCAUGAGGUACAAAAACUGCCGAAAAUUUUGGAAUUCUAUCAUGGCCCAAAGAGACAAAAUGGAGUGA